CAACCAAUAUGAAGUAGGAAAAAAGACUCCCAAUCCCAAGUCCAAGUCAAGAAAAGAAUAAAAGAAACCUUUUUGUUAUUCGUUUUAUGUGUUCACAUAAAGAAAAUAAAAUUUAUUCUUCGAGCUUAAAUUUAAUAAAUUAUCACAAGCAAAAUUAACAUAACAGUUGAUAUCAAUAUGACGGAUAGCAACACCGACACCGGGGACACAAUUUUAUCCACAGAAAUCAAUUCCCCAUCCUCAUCGACCAUUUUAACAACUGCAUCAGGAUUAGCUCCUCGUGAACCUUUGAUAACAACUGCUGUUAAUUUUCUGCAAAAUGCCAACGUCCGGCACUCGACUCUUAUCCAAAAGCAAAAAUUCCUCCGGUCCAGAGGUCUGUCUGCCGAGGAAAUACAAAUUGCAUGUGAACGAGCCGGCAUCUUCAAUCACGACCCGAAUAGCACAGUGAUAAAUAUGGGAAUUAGCACUGCCGGAGCAGGUCAUACGGGUUUCAUAAAUCACCAUCACCAACAGGUCUAUGAAGGAAGACAAGGAACUAUGCAACAAAUCAGAGAUGCCCUGCAAUCGAUGGCUCUGAUAAGUGGAUUAGCUUAUGCCGUUUAUCUCUUCUACAAGAAAUAUAUAGAACCCUUUUUGUUUGGGAGAAAGAAGAAAAAAUCUGUCGAAGAAACCCUCAACGAGUUCGACCAGAAAGUUGAAACUCAGAUGCGUGAUGUCAAUCGCGACUUAGUCCAAAUCAAAGAGCAGCUCACCCAAAACACCACAACCCAAAACGCAAUUAUUCAGCGUGAAUUCAGCAACUUUAAAAGCGACUUGGAGGCCAUCAAAGGAUUACUUUUAAACAGAAAACAAUUUGCAAAUCCAAUUCCAACAGUUCCACCAUCAAUUCCAGCUUGGCAGCUAACUUCACAUCGCUUAAGCCAAAGCGACAACGAGAAGAACGAUGAUGCCGGCUCGGGUUCGGGUUCAUCAGAGACUGAAGUUGUCACCAAAAAUAGUGAUAGCAGUUUAGAGAUAAUGUAAACCACCACCACCAGCAGCAGCAGCAGCCAACGCCAUUAAUGUUUGGUUUUUAUUUUCGUUUCAUAAUCUUUAGAUUUAAGAAUAGGUUUUUCAUUUUUAUUUUCUAUCCCAUCUUUUCUUUAAUAAUGCAUCGUUUUGUUUUCUUUGUUUAUUUGUCAACGUUUAAUUAUUGAUAUUUAUACAAUUUAAAAAAAAAAGUAAUAUUCUCACAAUGGCAAUGAUAAGAUUAGGAAUAUUAUUGUUAUAAGUUUACUGUUGAGUUUAGCAACAGCUUGAGCUUAUCGUUAAUAAGAAUUAACUGCAUAAGGUUUGAAGCAAAUUUCUUUAGUCAGAUGAUAAAAACAGCACUAGAAUUGAGGAUACUUAAAAAGGGAUCAAAGUAUCAUUUUAUUCUAGUUCAUAAAAUCACAUUAUUGUAUUUGUUUUUUUUUUUGUAGGGAGGUUUAUUUUGGUUUUUGUUUUAGAUUUAUAAAAACAAAAAUAAUAAAAAGAAAUUAUAUAUAAA